AUGGUUCAUACACGUCGCCAGUCCUCGAGGCUGCGAAGCACUCCGCAGCGCCGUGGAAACAACUACAUUCCAGAGGAUGUAGCCUCGCCUGCUAUUGCUGCGACGCCCAAGAUGCCUUCGCUCGAGAAGGUCGACGAGCAGCCUGAGACUGCGAGCCCCGAGCAAGCCGCUGCUUCCGAGGCUUCUGAUCGUACAGAGUCGCAUGUCCCCAAGGUAGCUGUUCGCACCCCGACCAGCAAAACCCAGAUUGAGCCCAGCCGCAUCGAGAUGCAUCCACACCACCAUCAGCAUAGCACCGCCAAGCCUCUGGACGAGGCACGGUGGUUAGGAUUUCUCAAUAUGGGCGCCGCCACCGAGCCUGUCAAAAAGGGUGUUAGCAAGAUCCCAAUUACACAGGCGACCCCCACCAAGUCACAACAGACGAUGCCUGCUACUGCCUUCUCAACGCCCGAGUUCAAGUUCCGUUUCCGCCGUCCUUCGCUCGAUCUCAGUCCCGAGGCCAAGAAAGUGAUGGAGGAGAGCAGGAAGGAAGCGGAGAAGAUUCGGGCUCAGAUGUCAGCCAACCCAGAGAAAUUUGGUAUUGAGAAUUCCGAGGAUAUUGCCCGCAGAAUCGCAACGCCAACAAGCAAGACCGGCCGCUUCAGCGCUGCCCACAUGGCUGAAUUCAAGAAGAUGGACUCGAUUGCCAACCACCCAUCGGCCGUCCGCGCUAACCGCGAUCGCCUUCAACCUGCCGCCACUGCGCUCAAGCGCUCGCCAUCCAAGGCCGAGCUGGACAACCAGGAGAAGACGAACGGAAAGACGCCGCGCUCCAAAUCUACUACAGACCUUGGCAAGGCAGACGGCGACAGCAACGCCAGCCCAGCCAAGCGGGUCAAGCACAGUAAGGAAGAUGAUGCAUCUGCAGCCCGCCGUACAGUAGAGAAUGGCGAGGCCCACCAGUCAGCUAAGCAGAAGAGUGCCACUGUUGCUCGCGGCAACACCGGCAUUGCUCGCUCCUUGUCUCACCUCACCACUCCAACAAAGGCUUCUCUUGCUCGCUCCCAGAGCGUCAAGACGCUUAAGAAGACGUCUUAUAUCCCUACAUUGGCUCGGUCUCCAUCCGCGCAGGCGCUCAAGACUCCCUCUAAGACGCCGGCAUCCCUGAUGGAUAAUCUCCGCAAGGCGAGCCAGACUAUGUCCCGUCUGCCUUCGAUGAAGUCGAUUCUUCGCAGCCCCGUCCGUCAGUACUCCAACGAUCCGGCCAAGAUUGCUGCUGGAACGCACAUGACGUCUCCGCCGGAAGUGAACAAGGCUCUUCCGGAAGCUCCGGCAACUGCGCCGGUGCAAAAGCACGUUGUAUUCAGCGAGAGCACACUUGAGAGGGCUAAUGAACCCAACAAUGUUCGCGCUUCAUCAGAGGUUCCGCAAGAGGCACCGUCCGAAGUCAAGUACCCUGAGCUGCCAGAAUUGUCCCCAGCUCCCAUGGGCAAAGGCGACUUCACCUUCCGGUCCGACAGGACCAUUAAGUUCGGUUCGGGAAUCAAGGGACCUACGAUCCGCCACGUUCGCAACAGCAAUGCUUCGUCUGCUCUGCCCGAUCCCUUCACCUCCACGUCUGCCAAGAAACGGAAGGUAGACGUUCCCAGCGCGAUCACGGAGAGCGAGAAGGAAAACGAGGAUGAAGACGGAGGCCGUCGGGCCAAGCGGGUCAAGACGACGGCCAAGGCUGCCCCGAAGAAGCCAGAGACUAGCAACAAGACGCCGCGGCGCAGAGAAGCUGGCCGAGGAGUGCUCAGCCAGGCCAGGCUGAAUGCCUUGGCCCAACCCAAGCGCAGGGUCAAAAUCAAAUUCUUGGAAGGCAAUGGCUUCGUUUUCUGCAGCGCUUGGGCGGCAGCAGGGCUGAGCGGACCCGCUGCUCGGCAAGGCGCCGAUCCCAAAAAAGUGGGCCCGUCGACGCAACUCAUCCUCCCGCCAUCUUCGUCUCUGAGUCGCGUUAUCGCCGCUCCUAGCCUACAUCACCCAACUCCUUCCCCCGCUGUCUCGGAAACCGUCGCAACCGUGGCGUCACAACUGCUGUCCCGCGUAACCCAGGCAAUCCAACAGCGCGAUCCUGCUGCCCCCAAGCCCCGCGCCCUGGACAACGCCCACCGAUCCAUAGCACACCUGCAACGAGCCUUUGACGACUUCGUCCGCACCUAUAAUCUCCCGCUUCCGAAGCUGCUACACGACAACCCCGGCCCCUCGCCGCCUGGGAGCCCGCUCGACUACCUUGCCGCCGCCGCCCAACGGUACACAGACGAUCCCACGUCGCUGGUUGUUCUGCUCGCGACGCUGCUAGCGGGAAUACUGAUUGGCUUGUUUGGCUUCAAGAGAAUGUCGUGGAGUUCACGCUUUGGCUCGUGGGGCGGCCGCUUCAGUCCCUUCGGUCGCGGCGACCCAGCAAGCACCACCGUGUCGGAUGCCGACUUCAGCUACAUCACCAGCGAGGACCUUGCCGCCCAGAAGAACCUCGGCGCCAACCCGGAUGCCGCCAACAACCACACUGCUUCUCCACCCUCCGGCCGCAGCAAUGCGAAUGGCGAGACGGACAUCCUGGUGCUGAAGCACAAGCGCGUCAGCUACCCCGUGCACUUCGCCCGCGGCGCCAUCGACGCGGGUGAGCUGAGCGUCAAGCACAUCCGUGACGCGGCUGCGCGCAAGAUGGAUGUCGACGACGCGCGCCGCAUCAAGCUGUUCUACAAGGGCCGUCAGCUGAAGGACGACCAGCAGGCGCGCUCUGUGGGCCUGCGCUCCGACUAUGAAAGCGAGAUCCUGUGCGUCGUCGGCGAAGGCCAGCCGUUCAGCUCCUCGUCCAAGAGCGAGAGUCCGUACGGGCAGCGCGGAGACGACGUCAACGGCGCUGAGUCGGGCGGCGAGAGCAGCGACGACAACGCCGACUCCUCGACGCCCGGCGGGUCGCGGGGAAAGAAGAGCAAGAACAAGCGCCGCCGCGGCGGGAAGAAGCAUAGCAAGAAGGGCCACGGUGGCCGCAGCGAGAGCGCCACCCCUGAGCCGACCAAUGCCUACGUCGGCGGCGGCGCAAAGGCCGAGUUUUUGGGUGUGCCAACGAACUCCGCUGUGCCGCCUCGUCCGUCCAGCUCGUCGUCGAACAACCGUCCUACGCCGCCGCACAAGCUCCCGCAGACGCCCAUGGACAAGCUCCAGGAGCUGUCCAGCAAGUUCCACACCACGCUCGUGCCCAUGUGCGUGCAGUUCCUGAGCAAUCCGCCGCAGGACGCCGCCAAGCUCGAGUUCGACCACAAGCGCUUGACUGAGACGGUUCUCGCCCAAGUGUUGCUGAAGCUGGAUGCUGUUGAGACGCAGGGCGAUGAGGCCGCAAGAGCCAAGCGCAAGGAGCUGGUCAAGGAAUGCAAUAACAUGCUCUCAAGACUUGAUGAGGUUGUGAAGCGUUAG